AUGUCAGAGGAUAAAACAAAUUCAGCUGAUGUUAGAAACGAUAGGGUAGUGACUACUACAAAUGGGAUGCCAAUUAAUGAACCAUUUGCUACUCAAAGAGUUGGUAAACAUGGUCCUUUACUACUUCAAGAUUAUACUUUAAUUGAUAAUUUGGCUCAUUUUAAUAGAGAAAGAAUUCCUGAAAGAAAUCCACACGCUCAUGGUUCGGGUGCAUUUGGUUAUUUUGAAGUGACUGAUGAUAUUUCAGAUAUUUGUGGCUCUGCGAUGUUUAAUAAAAUUGGUAAACGUACCAGAUGUCUAACCAGAUUUUCUACUGUCGGUGGUGAAAAAGGUUCUGCAGAUUCUGCAAGAGAUCCAAGAGGCUUCGCAACCAAAUUUUAUACUGAGGAAGGUAAUCUAGAUUGGGUUUAUAAUAAUACACCUGUUUUUUUUAUUAGGGAUCCUUCAAAAUUCCCACAUUUUAUUCAUACGCAAAAGAGAAACCCACAAACAAAUUUAAAAGAUGCCAACAUGUUUUGGGAUUUUUUAACAACACCAGAAAAUCAAGUAGCAAUUCAUCAAGUAAUGAUUUUGUUUUCUGAUCGUGGUAUUCCAGCAACAUAUAGAAAUAUGAAUGGUUAUUCAGGCCACACCUAUAAAUGGUCUAAUAAGAAAGGUGACUGGCAUUAUGUCCAAGUUCAUAUAAUUACAGAUCAAGGGAUCAAAAAUUUAACAGCAGAAGAAGCCACUGAAGUUGCAGGAUCUAACCCUGAUCAUGCACAACAGGAUUUAUUCGACAAUAUUAAAAAAGGGAACGCUCCAUCCUGGACUGUUUACAUUCAAACUAUGACAGAAGAUCAAGCGAAGCGUUUACCAUUUUCUGUGUUUGACUUAACAAAAGUUUGGCCACAUAAAGAUUUUCCAUUACGUAGGGUUGGUAAAUUAGUAUUAAACGAAAACCCAGAAAAUUAUUUUGCGCAAAUUGAACAAGCUGCAUUUGCACCAAGUAAUACAGUUCCAUAUCAAGAAGCAAGUGCAGACCCUGUAUUACAAGCAAGGUUGUUUUCGUAUGCAGAUGCCCAUCGUUACAGAAUUGGUCCAAAUUAUCACCAAGUUCCAGUUAAUUGUCCAUACGCAUCAAAGACAUUUAAUCCUGCCAUUAGAGAUGGUCCGAUGAAUGUGAAUGGUAAUUUUGGGAAUGAAUCUAAUUAUUUGGCAACUGACAAGACAUAUCAAUAUAUUCAAAAAGAAAGGCCGAUUCAAGAACAUCAAGAAACUUGGACUGGCCCAGCAGUGCCAUUUCAUUGGGCGACCAGUGCUGGAGAUGUUGACUUUGUUCAAGCCAGAAACUUAUUCCAUGUUCUAGGCAGGACCAGAAACCAACAACAGCAUCUUGCUCAUAAUGUAGCAGGCCAUGUAUCUAAUGCUAAUCCAGAAAUUAGAAAACGUGUGUACGCUAUGUUUGGAAGGGUUGAUCUACGGUUAUCGGAAUCAAUCAGAAAAGAAGCAGAAUCUUUAGUUGUACUUAAAGACAACCCAACAUCCAAGCUCUAA